AAAUUAAGCACAGCAGAGCUUACUUCCUAAUAUGAAAUUUAUGAAACAAAAAUGUUGGUCCCAACUACUGCCAACCCUCCCCCUUCUCUUCCCACCACCAAAAGACCCAACGAGAAUCCUUGUGACGCGGGCUUCGCCACCUGUCACUCUCCCAUGUCCAUAACAACCCAAUUCAUACGACACGGCGUCUCACUUCACUAUUCCAACCAAAUAAUCAAACUUAUCGGCCACCGGAGCUGAUCAUCCCUCUUGGUUCUUCCGUCCAAAUCCCCGGAGCUCCAGAUUUCGAUUAAACUAGUAAAGGGUUGUUCUGCUUGCUGUGCUUCAUACUUUGUUUGAUUAGUUUUAUCUUGUUCACUAAAAGAAGGGAUAUUCAAAUGUGGGGCUUUGCUUCUAAUGCCAUUACGAGCAUUGGACUUAGAAGAAGUUCGUCAGAGCCGAGCCGGGUGUUAUUGGACUCCUCGGAUGAUGAAGUUUGCUCGAAUUCAAGCCGAGAGGAAGGGCUAGAAUGCCCUAUUUGCUUGGAAUCUUUCAACAUUGUCGAGAAUGUGCCCCAUGUAUUAUGGUGCGGUCAUACCCUCUGCAGAAAUUGUGUCUUGGCGCUUCAGUGGGCUGUCUUCAGAUUCUCGACUCAAAAAUUUAAGAUCCCAUUUUUCAUUUCUUGCCCGUGGUGCCACCUGUUUUCUUUGCGGCUGGUUUAUAAGGGGAAUCUAAAGUUUCCUCGCAAGAAUUUCUUCCUUCUAUGGAUGGUUGAGAGCUUCAAUGGUGAUAGGGCGAAGUUUGGUCCUGCCUUGAAUGGGGAAAAUCAACAAAUUAGUUCUCCAAGAGUCAACUUGGCUAGUGGAAAUCAAGCUGGGAAUAGUAACCUGAGGAGGAACCAUUCUAGUUGUCCUUUGCUGUCAAGGUAUAAUGGUGUUGAUGAUGGUGGCCGUGUGGACCGGCAUCAUUUCUCCCUUCACAAGUCUUUGGAUUGCUUCAUUCACAUUACAUCCAAGUUCCCAUUAGUUAUAGGGCUUCUGUUGAUUGUCUUUUGCGUAAUACCUGGCAGUGCUAUAAUCUUGGUGCUCUACUUGCUACUCACAGUUCUUUUUGCAAUCCCAUCUGCCUUGGUACUGUACUUCGCAUAUCCUACUCUGGAGAGGCUGGUGAGGGAGAUAACCUCGUGAGGCAUCAUCAGAUCCCCCACUUAUGAGAAUCUGAGGAAUAUUUGGCUCCACCAAAUCUGUCUUUCAUAUACGUUCCUACUAACUCUAGUCUUCAAUAUCCAGAGGCUUUCAAGAGCUUAUGAGGCUAGCGUUCUUGGGUAAUUUGUACUUUUGGACUUCUAACUUUGGAUGAUUGUCAUUUAUAUGUAUUUGCAAUGUACAGGAAUAGAUUUGGGAAUGCC